UAAUCCACGAGGGCCUGCCAGCUCAUUCCUCAGGACAAACGCUUGACUAUAUCUGCUAUCAGCACAUAAAAGGUUCCAUUGUCUCAGCAGCCUGUUGUUCUGGUCACAAGUAAGGACAGCACAGAGGGGUCACCAUGUCAGGAUUGGCACGUCCAAAAGGAAACCCAAAGGGGUUUGACAAGCCCAAGUGCAAGAUUUCUGCAUCUCGGAAACUCUCUCUCAAGAUGCUGCUCCUCAACAGAGCCAUAGAAGAGUUGGAGAAAGAGAAGCAAGAUAAGGAUGAAGAAAAAUCACGCUACCUGACAGAAAAAAUGGUUCCUCUUCAACUCUCAGGGCUCUCAUAUGCAGAGUUACAAAAUUUGUGCAAACAACUCUAUGAAAAGGUUGACAUUGUGGAUGAAGAGCGUUAUGACUAUGAAGCUAAAGUGAUGAAGCACAAUAACGACAUUCGUGAACUGAAGCUAAAAGUUCAAGACCUGGGAGGGAAGUUUAAAAAACCAGCUCUGAGGAAAGUACGUGUUUCUGCUGAUGAGAUGAUGCGAGCUCUGCUGGGCUCCAAACACAAGGGUUCCAUGGACCUGCGAGCCAACCUCAAAUCUGUCAAGAAGGAGGAUAUCAAACAAGAAAAGGUUCUGACUUCAGAGGUAGGUGACUGGCGUAAGAAUGUGGAAGCCAUGUCUGGUAUGGAAGGAAGGAAGAAAAUGUUUGAUGCUGCUGGUGGAACCCAAUAAACUUCAUCUGGAUGUAACCAUCUGGAGUCCUGUGAAAAGCAGACUCAAAAUGGAACAAAAGCAAACAGUAACAAAACAAAGAAUGUUGCAGGAUUUUUUUAAUGUGGCCUAAUUAACAAAUUAAGAAAUUUAAUUGGCUUGAAGGUGAUUUCACUUCAUGUCUUUAAUUGCAUUUUUAUUUAAAAAUAAUAUGAAAUGUCCUGUUCAGAGUCAUUAGGGCUAUACAAUCAACCUUAUAUUUGAGUGUAAUUUUAUAUCUUUAUCUGUUAAACUAGUCCAGGGAUAACUUCCUUGCAUUUAAAUCCAUCCUUAGUGUAUUAUGACGAAAAUACAUGAUAUAAUAUGUAUAGAUGUAACAGAGGUAAAGACAUGAAAAAUAUGUGUAUGUGCAGUGUGAAAGUCUUAAUUAAAGAUAUGAAACCUCUAUAGCAUUAAACAUUUAUCUAGCAGACAGUGUUUUCUUUUUCUACUAUAUAUCUGAGACUUUUUUGGGUUUUUUGACCCAAUUACACUAUUAGAUAUUUUAUCCAAUUCUAUCUAUGUUCACAUUCAUGGAGAUAGUGAUGCAUUUGGUAGUUUAGUUUAUGUCCCAGAACAUCAGCUAAAAAACUGCAAAAUGCCACACAUUCAGACAAAGUUAAUAGCUUAAUAGACAUUUAUCAAUCAAAUUCAUAUCUGUCUUAUAAAGUUUUUAUGCAGUUUACAAAGAUAUAAAUAAACUAUUUCUGUCAGUUCUUUCUGUUAUACUUCAAUUUGGCAUCUGACAAUGAAGGGUAAACAACAAGAUAGUACGUUGUCUUAAUUUAAAUCAUAGUAAAUUAAAAUAAGAUUGUAGGUUGUCUGAGUGCCCAAGAUGGAGCAUAUAUUGCAAUGCACGUUCAUAGAAUCUGCCUGUUGAGGAUAAAAAAGUGUACCUUGCAAUCUACAGCUUCAUGUAGUCCUUGUAAAACAGAUGUCAAAUCUUUUUUUAACGAUGAUUUAUAAAUUACAAAAAAAAAAAAAAAUUACUGUGAUAAUUUAUCAGUGGUUUAGAUGAACCAAAAGCUAUGAUGUGCUACUCACCACUGUGGUGACUUGUUAAAGAAUACUGUUGUUAUUUAUACCAAUUUCUAUACAAAUCUACACAAUAACCACGACCAUACUCUAGUAUCAAUUGAUAGUAAUGCUAUUUUAUUUUUUUUAUGGAUUUGAAAUCUACAGUCCUAUAAAUGUACUUUUAAAUUGACAUUUACAUAAAGGUUUCAGAAAUGUAUGAUGUCUAUAACAAAGCACAUUUUGUGACAAUAAAUACAUAAAGCAAGUUACAGGUCAAGUUUUGCAGGUAAGUUUUUUUACGACCCACACUCUUUAUAUUGACUUAAAAGUUAGUAAUGAUUGUGGUGGGUGUGAAGGGCUUAGGAAAGAGGAAACUGGCUUGGAAUUCUGGCUUGACUCUCUUUCUCUUUUUAAUCCCUGUUCUGUUUUUAUUCCUUAUGGAGCUCACUGCAACAGUGAACAUUAAUAAUUAUCAUUAAUAUCAUUUAACACAGGUGUGACCGUUUACACCCCUCAGCUCUGCCCUCUAUUCACAAAGUGACAUUCCUCUACACCCCCGCUUCAACAAUAAGCCUUUGAAAUGUCAUAACUAUUAACAGCAGCUUAUGCAGUUUAGGUUCCUGGUAUUUAUAGGUGUACAAGAUGGAGGUCAUGUGCAGUGAAUACAAUAGCGGUCUGUUUUUGAUCAAAUUAAACAGGUCAUCAUUAUUAUAUUAGUUAACUAAUGCUUGCUAGUUUGGUACAGACUAGUUGCUAUACUGAAAGUGAUUAUAGAGGAAACAAAUCCAAGAAAAAAAAGCAAAUCAGAAAACAAAACAACAAAUUUGAAAACAAAACAACAAAUUAGAAAAC